AAGAGCCAGCGGUCCCCGGCGCGGGGUGCGGCCCCGCCCAGGGCGGCGCGGGGAGCGGCCCCGGAGAACCGGGAGCGGAACGCGGGGCGAACGCGGAAGCGCGAGGAGCCCGGAGCCGCCGCAGCAGCAGCCCCAGCGCCCCGACGCCCGGAGCGGGCCGCGUCCUCCGCCAGCCUGGCCGCCUUCUGAGUUAGAUUUCAAAGGAAAAAACGUGCAAAAUGCAGUUAUUUCUGUGAGUCCUCAGAGAAUGUAACCCGACCUGGGGAGUGACCGGAGCUCCUGAGGGAAAACUGAGGCAGGAUGACUGUGGGGAUCUUUGCAAAUUGUACCUUCUGUUUGAAACUCAAGCACUUACCUCGUCAACAGAAGAAAAAGCUACAAACUGACAUCAAGGAAAAUGGUGGAAAUUUUUCCUUCUUAUUAAAUGCACAGUGCACGCAUGUCAUCUUGGACAGCGCUGAUGUUCUGAGCCAGUAUCAGCUGAGCUCCAUCCGAAAGAACCGUAUCCAUAUUGCCAACCCAGACUUUGUAUGGGACUCUAUCAAAGAGAGGAGACUCGUGGACGUAGGGAAUUAUGGUCCCAGGAAGUCACUGGACAUCACACCAACUCCUCGUCAGAGGGCGAGCAGCGCUGGAGUGAAAACUGGUGACGUGUCCCUGGACAGUUCCCCGGAGAAGGAAGUUGUGCAACUCACUAAGUUUUAUGCAGAGAAUGUUGAAAUUCCUCAUUUUCCUCAAGAUUUUGAAGUUGCAAAAUACAACACCUUGGAAAAAGCAGGGCCGCAGCAGGGCACGGAGAGGGCAGUGGUGGAGCUGCGGUGCUCCCAGGACCCGGGGGCCCACACCUUCCUGAUAGCCGCCCACUUCCUCCAGGCCGACAGCGCCAAGACUAGAAGACAAUUCUCUGUGAAGGAGACGUCAGCAGAUGCAAGCGAAUACUAUGAAAACUACAUUGAAGAGCUGAAGAAACAGGGAUUUCUACUGAGGGAACAUUUUACACCUGAAGCAACCCAGCUAGCAUCCGAAAAGCUGCAAACGUUGCUUUUGGAGGAGGUGAUAAAUUCAGGUGUUCCGAGCCAGGAGGUGAGCGCCUUGGUGGAGAUGGUUUGGGCAGAAGCUCUCGGGCGCCUGGAGCACACGCUGUGCACACCUGUGAACAGGAUGAGCCUUAAGGAUGUGAGCAAGGCCGAGGGGACCCUCCUUCUAGUAAAGGCGGCACUGAAAAACGGGGAGACCGAGGAGCGACUGCAGACGAUGAUGACUGAGUUCUACAGGCUGAUCCCCCACCGGGACGCCGUGGCAGGAAGGGUCACCCUGAGCCUGCUGGCCAAGAAGGAGGACCUCUGCCAGCUAAUAAGAGACAUGGUUAAUGUCUGUGAAACUAAUUUGUCCAAAGCCAACCCGCCGUCUCUUGCCAAAUACCGAGCUUUGAGAUGCCAAAUUGAGCAUGUUGAGCAGAACACAGAAGAAUUUUCCAGAGUCAGAGAAGAGCUACUGCAGAAUAACCGCAGUAAGAGUCCAGUGAACAUCUUGCAGAUAUUUAGAGUUGGCCGAGCGAGUGAAACCACAGAGUUUCUGAGCCAGCUUGGCAACGUGAAGGCCCUGCUGCACGGCUCUCCUGUGCGGAGCUUCGUGGGGAUCCUGUCCCGUGGGUUGCUUUUACCCAAAGCAGUUGAAGAUCGUGGCGUGGAGAGAACAGACAUUGGAAAUCUCGGGAGUGGAAUAUACUUCAGCGACUCACUCAGUACGAGCACCAAGUACGCACGCCCGGGACAGACGGAUGGCACCAGGCUCCUGGUGGUCUGCGACGUGGCCCUGGGGAGGUGCGCGGACCUGCGUGAGAAAGACUUCUCCUUGACGGAAGCUCCACCCGGUUAUGACAGCGUCCACGGGCUUCCCGGAACAGCCGCCGUCCCCACGGACUUUGAGGAUGAUGAAUUUGUUGUGUAUAAAACCAACCAGGUGAAAAUGAAAUAUAUUGUUAAGUUUUGUAUACCUGGAGAUGAAGUAAAGGAUUUUCAUCCGUGUGGUAAUACUGAAUUAGAAGAAUACAGACCUGAGCUUCCGAAGUUUUCAAGGCUUGAAGAUCACCAGUUACCAGACUCCAAGCCCCUUCCCGACGUCCAGGCCGGCCUCCAGGACCCCGCGGGGAACGUGGUUCCUCUUGAGGACGUUCACAUCAAGGGGAAGAUAAUAGACUUCGUAGCCCAGGUUGUUGUUUUUCAGACGUACACAAACCACAGUCACGUGCCCAUCGAGGCAAAGUACGUUUUUCCCCUGGACGACAAGGCUGCUGUGUGCGGGUUCGAGGCGUUCAUCGGCGGGAGGCACGUGGUGGGAGAGGUAAAAGAGAAGGAAACAGCCCACCGAGAGUACCGAGAAGCAGUCAGCCGAGGCCACGGAGCGUACCUGAUGGACCAGGAUGCACCUGACGUUUUUACCGUCAGUGUUGGGAACUUGCCCCCCAAGGCUAAGGUCCUUAUCAAAAUCACCUACAUCACAGAGCUCAGCGCCCAGGGGGCCUGCGCAGUCUUCUUCCUUCCCGGCACCGUGGCGCCCUGGCGGCGGGACAGAGCUCUCAAUGAAAACACGCAGGAUGCAGUAGAGAAGAUUUGUGUAAAGGAAAUAGGAGCAAAGCAAAGCUUUUCCCUGAGCAUGUCCAUCGAGAUGCCGUACGUGAUUGAGUUCAUCUCCAGUGACUCGCACGCGCUGAGACAGAAGAGUACAGACUGCAAGGCUGUGAUUAGCACCAUGGAAGGCAGCUCCUUAGACAGCAGUGGGUUUUCUCUCCACAUCGGCUUGUCUGAUGCGUAUCUCCCAAGAAUGUGGGUCGAAAAACAUCCGGAGAAAGAAAGCGAGGCCUGCAUGCUUGUCUUUCAGCCAGACCUCAGCCUCGCCCUCGCUGAGCGAGCUGGGACGAGUGAAGUGAUCAUUUGCCUCGAUUGCUCCAAUUCCAUGGAGGGCACGACGUUCUUGCAGGCCAAGCAGAUUGCCCUGCAUGCACUGUCCUUGGUGGAUGAGAAGCAGAAGAUAAACGUCGUGAGGUUUGGCACAGGUUACAAGGAGCUGUUUUCAUACCCGAGGCACAUCGCAGGCAGUGACACGCCCACAGAGUUCAUCAUGGCUGCUGCAGCCACCAUGGGAAACACGGAUUUCUGGAAACUGCUCCGGUAUUUGGCCUUGCUGUCCCCUGCUCAGGGGUUACGGAGCAUCCUCCUCAUUUCCGACGGGCACGUCCAGAACGAGAGCCUGACACUGCAGCUCGUGCAGAGAAACGUCCAGCACACCAGGCUGUUCUCCUGCGGCGUUGGUUCUACAGCAAAUCGUCAUAUCUUAAGGACUUUGUCCCAACAUGGUGCUGGAGUAUUUGAAUAUUUUAACUCAAAAUCCAAACAUAGUUGGAAAAAACAGAUAGAAGACCAGAUGACUCGGAUGCGUUCUCCGAGUUGCCACUCAGUCUCGGUCAGAUGGCAGCAGCUGAGCACAGACGCCCCCGAGCCCCUGCAGGCCCCCGCCCAGGUGCAGUCCUUGUUCCACAGUGACCGGCUCCUCGUCUACGGGCUUAUUCCUCAUUGCACGCAGGCAACACUGUGUGCGUUAAUUCAGGAGAAGGAAUUUUCUACAGUGGUAUCAACUACUGAGCUUCAGAAGACAACUGGAACUAUGAUCCACAGGCUGGUGGCGCGUGCUCUGAUCCGAGACCACGAAGACGGCGUCCUCCACGAGGAUGAGAGGACUCACGAGAUGAAGAAGCAAACCUUAAAAUCUCUGAUUAUUAAGCUCAGUAAAGAAAACUCUCUCGUAACACAGUUUACAAGCUUCGUGGCUGUUGAGAAAAGGGAUGGUAAUGAGUCACCGUCCCCCGACAGUCCAGAUAUUUUGGAACUUAUCGCCCAAGAAGAUGUAGAUUUUCUGCCGUACAUGAGCUGGCAGGAGGAGCCGCGCAAGGCCAGCACGAGCCAGGGGAGCAUUAGCUACCAACCUCUGUCAUCUGUCUCUGAAUGGAACGAAGGCCUGAAACUCAAACUUCGGAUUAAAAGACGUAAAUCGUCGAAGCUGAAAGUUUCUAAAGAUUCUGAAGUGGCUAGCUUAGGUCCCCAACCACCAGAAGAACCUGGAACACUCAGUUCUGAAUGCAGGGGUGUGGAGAGGCUGUUGGAUUUAAGUCAGGUGGAGUCAUUUAAGCAAACAGAAAUUAAACCACUAUUUACAAAAGCCAUUGCACAAAAAAUGGCUGUUUCCAGUGUUUUUGCCGCCCCUGGCUCAUCCCAUCUCCUAGUGCCCGCCUUUGCUGGCUGUCCUCCACCCUGCCCUCCAAACUCAGCCCCUCAGAGCUCUCUGUUUGGUUCUCCUGAGGAUCCCCAGCAGUUGUUCGUGUCCUACAAGGAUGAUGAGGCUGAUGAGGACCUGGAGUGGGACAGCUGCGCUGACGCUUCCCAUGAGCAGGGUCUCCUUCGCUGGAUGUCUCCCCAGAGCCCAGUUUUCAAAUUCCUCGUGGGGUGCCCUCCUCCGGGUGCCUGGUUUACACCACAGCCCCCUGGAACUGAGCCAAGGGGCGCCCCCUGCGGCCCUGCGGGUUUCCGCCCGGAGCUGGACUCUCCCCUGCAGCAGCAUCGUUUUCCCCCUCCUCCCAGAGCUCCUCCCCCUGUUCCAGCCGCGGGGUUCGGCUGUCACCACCCUGCUCUCUAUUCUCAAAGCUCCCCAGCAUCACUGAGCACCAGUUACCAGCGGCCAGGAGGUCUGUUUGCCCUCGCUAGCCAGGAACCGGGGGCUGCUCCUCUGUCAGACAGUCCUCCCAGAGCUGCACAGUCAGAGCCUCUCCAACGUGACUUUUCACGUCAUGAGAGUUCUUCUAAAACAGACAUUAAGAAAACACAGAGCUCUCUGAUGAUGAUGUUUAAGCAGGUGCAAAGUAGGGCACAGUCUGACAGAAGCAGCGGUGACUUUGCCACAAGCUUUCAGGCACAAAAAGAUGAGGAAGGUAGAGCCUGCGGACAGAGCUGGAGGCGUCCCGUGCCCUGGGCUGAACUCUUCAGCCUGCAAACUGAGGAUGGCUUCUGGAAACUUACACCAGAGCUGGGAUUUAUAUUAAACCUUGACAUAAAUAUUUUAAUCAGUUUUCUUGAAAAAAAGGGCAUACGAUCUCUAGGUGUGAAAGGGAGAGAGCGGCUCCUAGACCUGGUCGCCACGUUUCUCGUCCUGCACUUCCUCCGCUCCAGGCUGGAACGGCAGGGAGGAGCCUCCAGGUCACUGAUGAAACUGGAUGACGCUUCUGUUUCCAGGCGUAUCCCCUGGGCUUUUGAAGAAAUACGGAAAGCAAGUGAGUGGCUAAGAAGAACUGAAGGACAAUAUCCCUCCAUCUGCUGGCGGCUCGAGCUGGGUAAAGACUGGGACUCGGCCACCAAACAGCUGCUGGGGAUGCAGCCUGCAGGCACCACUGCCAGGCCUCACAGGCGGUAACCACUGCCAGGGCCGAAGCAAAUGACUGCAGUUUAAACUGUCUUUCUUCGUGCUUCUGUGUACAAAAUAAUCAGAUAUUAAUGGAUACCUAUAGCAAAACUUGUGAUUUUAUUCAAUGUAGCGGUCACUUUAAAAUCAGUGGAAGCAGUCUUUAUUGUUGUGAUGAACUAACAAGCAUUAUAAAAUAAAAAUUUCAAUAUGGCA